GUAUGCGCAUGUGUGAAUCAGGGUGUUAUCGUUGUUGUCCUCCACUGAGUCAGAGACACACAGACAGCUGAUGGUAAAACAUCAACUCCAAGCAGAGAGAAACAGAAAAAAACAAAACAGACAGAAAGAAAGAAAUCAAGUACAGCUUGCAACAGAACUCAGUGUCUUAAUGCAUCUUCAUUGACCAUUGACCUAACUGAAUUAAUGCAUUGACCAGUGACUUAAUGUGUAAUUGUUAACCAGUGAUUUAACGAGUCCUCAUUGGCCAGUGAUUUAAUGUGUGCUCGUUAACCAGUGACUUAAUGAGUAAUCAUUAACCAGUAACUUAACGCGUUAUCAUUAACCAGUGACUUACCACAUCCUCAUUAACCAGUGACUUAAUGAGUAAUCAUUAACCAGUGACUUAACAUGUCCUCAUUAACCAGUGACUUAACAUGUCCCCAUUAACCAGUGACUUAACACGUCCCCAUUAACCAGUGACUUAACACGUCCCCAUUAACCAGUGACUUAACACGUCCUCAGUAACCAGUGACUUAAUGCAUCUUCAUUGGCCAGUGACUUAACGCAUCCUCAUUAACUUGUGAUUUAAUGCGUUGUCAUUAACCAGUGACUUAAUGCAUCUUCGUUGGCCAGUGACUUAACGCAUCCUCAUUAACUUGUGACUUAACGCGUCCUCAUUAACCAGUGACUUAACGCGUCCUCAUCGGCCAGUGACUUACCACUAACACUGUUCUCCAAGGUGAAAUGGUCGUUUCCUCAGCAUUCGUCUUUGCCUAUUGGGCAAGUUUUCUGAUUGCAUAUGGUUGGUGCAGAGAAGGGGCAUGUCUUCAGGAUGGACAUCACAAGUCCAUGCCCAGUCCAGAGCCCAAUCUUAAAGAAUGCUCCUCUUACAUGGAGAAUGCUUGCUGCUCGGCGCAAGACAUUGAGGACCUUACUGCUUCUACUAGCAGUGUAUCGUGGGACAGGUGUGGCUCUCUCAGUACAGUGUGUGAGGAGUUCCUGAAGAGAGUCAUAUGUUUUUACCGCUGCUCUCCUGAUGCCACAUACUGGCCACACCCUCAGCGUGGCUCCUCCCUCAGGGUGGUGCCUCUGUGCCACAGCUUCUGCAGAGACUGGUAUGAAGUUUGUAAAUCAGACCUCACGUGUGCUCGAGACUGGACCCGUGAUCCCAGAGGACUAAACUGCACUGGCAGCUGCAUACCCUAUCAACAGAUGUACCAGCAUGGCCGAGACCUCUGCGAGAGCCUCUGGGGUGACGCCUUCAUGACCGUGGAGGAUGAGGCCCUGGAGGUCAAAGGCCGUGGCUGUGGAUGUUUGAACCUCAACGCCUCAGACCGAGAGGUCAUAGCUGCUCUGAGAACGCAGAAGGAUGACCCGGAUGAGCUGGACACCACUAAACACCAUGGAAACACCCUCUGCGCUCACACUGCAGCCACAGCGCCCCAGCAGGGGCAGAGGAACCACGGCAAGUCGGUGUUACACAAACGCUCGGCUCCCGCCGUCCACGACCCGGAGGGCAGCGGCAGCGGCUUCUAGACUCCCGAUUCUAGCAGCUUAUAAUAUUCUAAAUGAUGAAAUCACGACACAUUCUAGCAUGUUCUGAAAAAUCUAGCACCAGUUCUGGAAGCACAGAACACUGUUACUUCACACACUUGUGUUUUAUAUCACGUUUCCAGUUUCCUCCUAAAUUUCCUCACCUGUACAGCAUCAUUAGAAGAACACUGCAUAGACAGUCAUGCACCAUUGUCUGAAUCCAUCACCAAGCAUUUCAUUUAAAUGGUAAUUCAUGUUAUUCUUGGUCUCUUACUGACUAACACAUCAGACCUACUGAGUUAGCAGUCCACUUCCUGUUUACCUUCCAGCAGUCAGAGCAUCAAGAAUACAAUUUAUAUCGUCACACAAUCUACAUUAACUUAUAUUAGUAUACUGUAUACACUGUAUAGUUAAAAGUAUGUGGACACCUGACCAUAAUAUCCAUAUGUGGUUCUUCAGCAAAUUGUUGCCAUGAAGAUGGAAGCACACAAUUGUAUAGAAAGUCUUUGUACACUGUAGCGUUAGAAUUUCCCUUCACUGGAACUAAGAGGCCCAAACACUGUUCCAGCGUGACGAUGCACCUGUACACAAAGCGAGCUCCAUGAAGAUGCGGUGUGUUAAGUGUUAAGGUUGGAAGAAGGUGGAAGAUCUGGAGUGUCCUGCACAGAUCCCUGACCUCAACCCCACUGAACACCUUUGGGAUGAACUGGAACUGGAGCCUCCUCGACAUCCCAACAUCAGCACCUGACCUCAUCCUCACUAACGCUCUUGUAGCAGAAUGAUCACAAAUCCCCACAGCCACGCCCCAAAAUCCUCACAGCCACGCCCCAAAAUCCCCACAGCCACGACCCAAAAUCCCCACAGCCACACCCCAAAAUCUAGUGGAAACCUUCCCAGAAGAGAGAGUGGAGCGCAUUAUAAUAGUAAAGACGGAAUAAAUCUGGAAUGGGACGUUCAACAAGUAUAUAUGGGUGUGGUGGUCAAGGAUGCACAUACUUUUGGCCAUAAUGUGUAUUUAUAUUACACGUAAGUACAAUUUACACACUGUGAUCUGUAUAAUUAUAGUGUAUUACGGUAUAAUAAGUUUGGCAACUUUAUAAAUUAGCAAUUGCAGAGUGAAAGAUGAUUGAAACACAGCUACGCUAUAAUGUUCUUGAGUCCAGAUUAUAUUUGUGCAUCUUUUUCAGUGAAACUCACUUCCUUCUACUGUCUCCAUGAAGAUGCCCAAACCAGGCAUCUGACCAAAUUAUAUAGAUCAUUAUUUUAGCAUGACUAGCCUUAGAAUUUCACUUCACAUGACGAUCAUUACCACAACGGUUUCUCUCUGCUUGUGACAUUGUUCUGACAGAAAGCAUGACCUCAUCCGUAUCAUCCGUCUCGAUCUACUUGUGAUUUCGGUAUUAGCAUACCUCAUAUAAACUUUACACAGCACAGCAAAGUACAGAACCUAGCUGGAGAAAAUGCUGAGCAUCUGGUUCACGUUCACGUUUAACUUCAGUUGUAGCAUUAUAUAUGACACUAGGUGGCGGUGUUGGAUUAUAUUAAAACAAAACAAAACAAAACCGCCCAACCAUCGUCUCAAGCCACACACACACCACAACAACAACAACAAUACAAUUUUAUUUCUCUACUACUGAUAAAACCCUCGUUGUUAUCUACAACUACUAAACACUCUGAUUCACUUCAUAUUGUUAAAAUUCUGGGUUCGAGUGCACGAGUAGGACGCAUGAUGCUAAUCUAGAGGCUAAUAGCCUUGUAGCUAUAGUGCAAAAACAAUGACAAUGAAGGAACUUUGAAACAUCAAACAUGUAUUUUUCUUAUAAACUAAAUGUGGCACAGGGCAGUGGUCACCAACCCUCUUCCUUGAGAUCUACAGUGCCUUGCUACAGGUUUCGUCUCCAUCCAAAAUCUAACACACCUGUUCCAGCUGAUCGAGAACUUCUUAAUGCAGAGAUAAGAUCAGGUCAAGUGGGCACCAUUACGGUUCGCAUUGAAGUCUUGAGGAUGGUAGAUCUCCAGGAGCUGGGUUGGUGACCACCGGCGUAGGAGGUUUGCUGAGUUAAUUCUUUAGCAGAAUUGCUCCUUUAAACUGUUUAAGGGAGAAUUUAAGGGCAAUUCAUAGUUUAAACAUGAGAUUUCUGCCAUCUUAAGAGUUGUUGUUGUUGUCCUUAACCUUGAUGUUUGUGUCUGCAGUAAUGUGUAUUGUGGUUUAGGUUAACUUGUAUUGAUUAGCUGUGGACAAAUCAUAAAGCACCACUGCGCUCUCCAUCCAAUGUUUUGGUUUGUAACCUAGUUGCCUAGGCUAAAGCGUGGAAGCUAACAUACUGUAAUAAUAAUAAAAGUUAGUUAGCUAGAUAAGUGUGUAUGAUCAGUUGUUUGUCAGAGUUUCGGCUGUACAGCAAGUUGUAUCACACGGAAAAUACAUUAUUCAAAGCUCACUAGCAUCAAUAUCUUCUGUGGAUAUGUGUACCCUCAAGGCGACUGUGUGUAUUAAGCAGGAAAUUAUAUGACGGCUUUGCUGCCCUUUA